AAUGUAAGUUCUGGAGCUUCCUGUUUUGCUGAUUGUGUUGGACACAGUGCAUCAUACUUCCCCCAAAGAGCUAGAUACAGCUACAGGUAUUCAGCAGUCACCAACACGUUCCUGCAGGGGAGUAUUUAUAAAAGCAGUGGCAUCUCUUUGGAGAGCACGGUGAUCAUUGAAGUAUUGGGGAACUGCCAGAUGGUUUUGAAAGUGCAAGAUGUACAGAUCAAGAAAAGUCUUGCAUCCAGAGAAGAGUCUCUGAAGGAAAUGGACAGUCUAAGGGAAGUACUAGAACAGCAUCCUCUUCACUUUUCUUUCCAUGAUGGGAAAGUUCUGAAGCUCUGUCCUGUAAGGAGUGAACAGACUUGGGCACUGAACAUAAAGCGAGGCAUUCUCAGUGUCCUGCAGACAUCACAAACAUCCACUGCUCGUGCUGUUGUUGAAGAGAUGGAUGUGCUGGGAAUAUGCCCAACCAGUUAUCAGCGAAAGGGUCCUGUUCUUGUCAAAACAAGGGACUUAAACCUCUGCUCUCAUCGAUAUUCUAGUUUUACUUCUGUGCAGUCUGUUGCUCUUCCUCGUAUGUCGUCUGAGCAGCAGAUCCUGUCUUCUAAACUGGAAUGUGUUCAGAGAGUUAAGGAUGGAGUCCUGGCAGAAGCCAAAUGUACUGAAUCCCAUCUCGUUGCACCAUUCUCUCAGAAAGGUGGCAGGGCAAAGACAGAGACUCAGUCUUCGUUGAAACUCUUUCAAGUGGAAGCAGAGACACUGUACAAAAAAGUGGACUCCAAGGAUCUGUAUAUGACCAGCAUGCUCUAUGAAAGGGAACAAACCAAGAAGGAGGUCACUGGUAAGGAAGUGACCGACCUAUUGUGGAAGCUUUGCCUAGCACAUAGUACGAGUUUUGAGGCUGCGGACCUUUUCAUGACUCUCGUGUUUGAGCUUCGACAUCUUUCUCUUGAAGCCUUAAAAACACUAUGGCAAAGAUCUUCGUUUAAGUGCAGAGACAACUGGCAGCCCUUAAUAGAUGCUCUCCCAUCUUGUGCUACAGAAGCAUGUGUUAUCCUAAUGAAAGAAAUUAUAGCUUCCAGAGAAGUUGAGGAAGACAAAAUGGACUAUUUCUUCUGGUCAUUUUCAUUCAUUCCUAAGCCCACCUUGGGCAUGAUUGAAUCUCUUGCUUGUUUGAAAAGAGUCUGGCUGCUAGCCUGUUUUUUUCGUGCUUGUUCACAGCCUUUGCUGAAGUCAUCAGGAGCAAGCCAGAGCUGCUUCUUAGGAGUAACUGCUCUCUUACAUAGGUUUUGUUCAGCUCACAGCUCCUGUGAUGGUGUGCCUGCUGUGCAGAGUGUGAUGAGGACACUUGGAGAAUUUUUGGGAGGAAACUGUACCGUGCAAGAUUCAGAAGGUUUGAGCCAGAUGCAACUGGUUCUAAAAGCCAUUGGAAAUGCAGGACUGGCAGCAGCUUCGCUUGCUCCUGUUUUGAGCCUGUGUGCUUCCCUCCAAAGUAAUCCAACUGAAAUUCGUCUAGCUGCUAUCCAGGCAUUCAGACGCAUUCCCUGCUCUGUCAGGAAUGCUGUAUUACUUGAGCUGUAUCAAGCAACUAGUGAAAAUGUGGAAAUAAGGAUUGCUUCUUACUAUAUGGCAAUGAAAUGUCCAAAUGAAGAGUUGCUUAAACAAGUACAAAAGAGUUUGCUAAAAGAAACUUCCAGUCAAGUGGGCUCCUUUGUUUGGAGUCAUCUCUCUCAGCUCCUGGAGACAGAUGAUCCACUGAAGGAACACCUUCGAGAUUCUAUUCCCGAUGAUAUCCUUAGCAGAGAUUUUGACUGGGAGACAUGGAAAUACUCCUCAUAUUCAGAUGUCACAUUCCAAUCAGCUGGUGCAGGUGCAAAUAUGGAAGCAUCAGUGGUCUUUUCUCCUGAAUCUUUUGUACCACGAUCAGUCAUGACAAAUUUGACUGUUCACCUUAUGGGGCAGGCUAUAAAUCUACUGGAGGUUGGUGUACGGUUAGAGAAUGCUGAAGCUGUCAUGCAGAAGAUUUUUGGGCAGAAGUUUGAUACUUUUGGUGACAAUUUUUUUGCAAACAGCAAUGAAAGAAACCACAAGUCAGGACGCCCCAUGCAAACAACAGGAAAAGUCAAGCAGAGGAAGCUGACUUUUAAGCAAUAUAGCCCUGCUGAUCAUCUCGUAACUACGGCUAGCAAGCCAAAGUCGAGAAAAGCUAACCAGAAUUGUCCACGUCAAAAGUAUAGCAAGAUGAGUGAGUUAGUGAAGAAGUUCACUGAGAGAAAGGUGAGAAAGGAGGAGAUGAAAUGUGAGCUAAGCAUGAAAAUCUUUGGAAAUGAAGUUAGCUUUUUGGAUUGUGAAGAUUUAAGAAAGCAAAUGAAACAUUAUUCUUUAAAUCUGGCUGAGCUUGCUGUCAAACUUCUGAAGGGGCAAGAGAUCCAGCUUAAUAAAAGGCUUAGUUUGGCCACGGAAGAAUUGCAGUUUCCAGUAAUUUCAGGCUUUCCUGUUCAACUGGCAAUCAAUGCCUCAGCAGCAAUCAAUGUUAAAAUGAAAGGCAAUGCAGAGUUCAAAGAACAGUCAAAUUUCUUUGUAAAUGGCUAUAUCAAGCCAAGUGCAUUUAUCCAGAUUUCUGUUCAAAUGGGAACUAUGGGGACUGUUGGACAAGCUGGCCUAAGCUGGUUAACAGGAAUAAGGACAUCUACUAGUCUUGAUGGGGGAAUCCAGGUUAAAAAAGGGCAAGAACUCAAAAUUGUUUUGAACACCCCAGAAGAAUCUAUGGAGAUAAUUAAUUUCAGCUCUAAACUCUUCUUCAUAAUGGUGGAUGAGACUGAACGUGUUGAUAUUUUCCAAGACCACACAGAAAGCAGAUCUUGUACUGGGAAGGAAGUGUCUGAGUUUACUGGUUGGCAGCUGUGUUCUGAAAUGUCAUAUCCUGACCCAGCUAGUGCUUUGUUUUAUCCUCUUGCUGGACCUUCAAGAGUGGCUGUCACAUUAACUAAGCAAGACAGAGGCCUACAGCAGUACAUUGUAGAAGCUGCAUAUAACUAUGUUCCUCAGGAGGAUUCAUGGAUCCCAAGCGAAGCUGUCCUUCACUUCUUCAUUGGGACUCCAAAGUCAGAAUUGAAAAGGGAUGUUGGUGUUGACCUAAACUUUAAUGUCCCGCAGAAGAAAUUUAGAAUCCAAUUCAUACAACCAAAGAAAAAAAUUGAGAUCGAUGGGAAAAUUGAUUCUUCUAAAUAUUCACGAAUUGGAUACCUGGAGUUGAUAGUAGAUGACCAAGAUGUAUAUUACAUUAAGGGUAUGACAGAUUUGCAAAUACUGAAUGGAGAGCAGAGAUACAUGACCCAAGUGGAGUUAAAGCUGAUAAAGCAAAGCAGUCCUAUCAUUCUGUCAGGAAACAUCACUAAACAACUUGGCAAGAAGAUAGCUUUUUCAGUAUUCCUGAAUAAUUUGUUGAAGGAUGCUGCAUUUCUAUCAGCAUUUCUGGAGAAAAAGUUUGAUGAUAAGCUGAGGCAAUACUCAUUGGAAGGGAAGACAUACCUUCCAGGUGUUCUUGGAGUUCACGUCACUGGUCUUCUCCAGCAACGUGACGGCUUGUGGUCUCAUGAUCUGAGGAUAAAAUACGGACUUCUAGGAGAGGCAAAAACCCUUCAUCACGAAUGCAGGAUGGGGCAAAAAGUUGAAGAGAAGACAGGUGCACACGACUUGUACAAACUUGAUGUUGGCCAUGAAUUUCAUUGUAUGCAGACUCCAACCUAUAAUCACAAGGUUCACCUGAAACAUGAUGCGAGUGCAUCUUGGCUUUCCUCCCAGAUGGAAGUGAACUAUGGGAAACACUGGAACAAAAUAAACAAUAAGAAGAAACUACUGAUCAGCCAAACAUUAAAGAAUAGUUCCAGUUUUUCACUAGUCAACUAUUUCAUGGAGUUUACUGUGCAAGUUGUGGAAAAGCAGAUGAAUUACAGAACCCAGCUGCAGCACUCGCACAGCUCUCAGGGUUAUUUGCAGAGCAGCACCAACUUUAAGGUGCAGUAUAAUGACCGCAUGCCAUUUUUGGCUGGACUGCAAUGGAAAGAUCUAUCCAGAAAUGGCCUGAAGAAGUGGGAAGGAGAAUUAAGUAUGGACACCCCAUGGCUAUAUCUGCAUGCAGCUCACAAAAUACAUCAGCCUCAGCAUUCUGCUUAUUUAUUGACUAUGGAACUGACAACUGGCAAAGUUCUCUCCAUUAAGAAUCUUGUAGUGGAACUAUUCUGUAAAGAUCAAGGCAAUGAAAAGGAGGGGAAAUUUCACGUUUACACACCAGCAACCACAUACCUGCAGGCCUCCACAUUUAAUCAUCUUGAGAGAAAUGUUCUGCACAGCUAUACUGAAAUGGUAUCUUCGUGGAAUCAGCCUGUGAAGAAUGAGAUUCAUUUGGAGAAUAAUGAACAAGCCAAAUUUCUUUGCUUUAAGAUAAAGAGCACAAAACAGGACUUUAACUUCACAGCCAGCUAUCAGAAUAUGCCAAUGCCUAUGAAAACAAACUUCUCUGUGAAGGCUGUAUGGACAGAUUAUAAUAGUCUGCCUAAAAUUCUUCAGUUUGAAAGUCAGAUAGAAGAGCUGAAGAAGGAGAAGAUGCUCUAUCAAAAACGUGGAACCGUUUAUUUCAGGCAUCCUUUUAAACUGCCGAUUUUGCAGACCUUUCUUCUGCAGGAGACAUUUACUGUUGACAAACAGCAAAAGCACUACUUCUUGGAAACAAAAGUUUUGAUAAAUGGGCUGGAGGAAUCAAUUCAAACUCUUAUACUUGGCUACCAACCUGAAACCCCCUAUAUUUGUGCUGGCUUAGCUCAUCCUUAUAACUACAGUUUGUUCCCCAGAGAUGUUGAAAUAUGCAUUUUAACUCGAAGUCACCAACCUGUGAAGCAUGAGGUUGAGACUACCUUGAAAGUCAACAAGCAAGAUGUUCUCAGCUUUCUGGGAAGAUACCAGGACAAAUCCAGUGAUGUAGACUUCAGACAUCUUUUACACGUGAAUAUGAGGCACUCAUUCCAGCUUGAAUAUCCACAAGCAAUGGGCCUAAGUGGGGAGCUAUUUUCUAGGCAGACCAAACCAGAACACUUCGAUUACAGCGUGAACGUAAAAGCCAUCAUCAACAAGACCGUGUCUUCACAGGCCCAAGCAGCACUGAAGAGUUAUGAUGAAAACAAGCUCAAUGGCUCUCUUUACCUUCAUUCUAAUGAAAGGGAUGUGCUGAUGCUGGAAGUUGAUAUGAACAAAGAAAAUAGGAAGAACGCUAGAGGUGUUGAACUGAGGGCUUUCUUCCACCAGGCAAUCCUUACAAACCCUGAAUCAAUACAGCUCCAGCUCAUGUGCAAAACGUUUCCAUCGAGAUUUCUGAUAUCUUCUGUGAUAAAAUUUAAUGAGAAUGGGCUUCAUGUGGAUUUCAUGGGAGCCAGACAGCAGAAAGUUGGUUUUGUCUUGUCCCUAAAUGGAAGAGUCCAACACACAUUUUCUGGAUUCAAGACUAUACCUCAUCUCCUUUCUCUGAAUGGAUUACUAAAGCACAAAAACAACAUUCACGAUGGUAACAUCAAUCUGAUGAUCAACGAUGCACUGUAUGGAUUCCAUCUCAGGAGCAGAAAUGUGUUUGGGAAUACCACCAUACGCAAUAUCACUUUCACUAUGUUUCAGAAUGGCAGUCAGGCAAUCCCAGUGGAAGCAAUACUGAAAGGACAACUGGAGCUGAGUAAAGAGAUGAUAAGAAGUCUAGUUAGCUUCCACAUGGAUGAGAAGGCCCUUUUUGUAGAUUUUUCCAAAGUCAUGAGUCACGGACACAAUAGAGUCACUGGGACUUUCACACAUAAUAUCAGCUCUUUAAAAAACGCAGGAUUGCCCUCGGAUGGCAUUCUCACCAUGAUAUAUGAGCACGGAACAGGAAAUCACACAAUUACUGUAGUCCUACAGAGUGGCAGUGAAAGAAUUUCUGCUGUGUUUGGAGGUCACAGACGGUCCACAGAACCUCCUAAAUCCCAUCUGUCUGUGAGCUUAAAGCACAAUGUCACAAAGAUAAAAAAACAUGGGAUCCCUUUUAUUGUGGAAGCUGCUGGCUAUUAUGAGAAUUUCACCACAAAGAUUGCUGCAGGGCUAACAACCACCAUAGAGACAGAACAGCUCAAAAUUGAAAUAGAGAUGAAAACCACUGGCAGUGCCAUGGAAAUUUCUCUUUCACUUCACCACGAUGUGGGAGGACUGAUAAACAUCGUUCCAUGUGUACUACAGGUUACUUGCAGUGGAGAAUUUAACAAACAGGUUUGUGGCCUUUGCAAUGGAGAGAUUGCAUUUCAUCAUUUUGAGAAUCCAGCAAGGGUUUCCCUGAAUGGAUCAAUGAUUACCAGUGACUUUACUGUCAUCAUCUCUGGACGCAUUUCCUUUAAUGACAUGUUUGCCUGCCUGCAACUUCAUGCCACCACUAACAUCCAGCCACAUUUGGAAAUUGACUUCCAGCAUUCCUUGCCUCAUCUUCAAUCUCUGGGUAUUUCCAAAGAGAAUCAAGUGAAAGUGUCAGCUAUCAGAAGUGACAAAUAUAAGGGAAUUAUUGAUGUCAUCCUCGGGCCUUGCAGUUUCAAAGCUGAUGGAGAAGUGAGCCUGACAAGCAAUGAAACAGAAACAGCAUGGGUACUUACUUUUACAAACAAAUGUGUCAGCCUAGAGAGAGCGGGACUGCCGCAUGCUGUAGCCUUUGGGGGCUCAUUUCAACAGAACACCUGCAAUAUUGGCUUGUUGAUGAACCUCCAGUGUGAUGGCAAAACAGUUGAUGUGCAGAUGGAUACUUCCUGCGAAAACAAAUAUGCCUUCCAAGGGAUGCUCAGGCAUUCAGUUCCCUGGAUGAGUCAACUUGGGCUGCCUUUUGAAAACUCUGUCCUGUUCUCUGCUUCCACAGACUCCACCACUGAGGGCAUUUUGUUGCUGCAGGCUGGCAAAUGCAAACUUAAGGCUAGAGGUGAUCUCUGUAUUCAGAAUAAAGCUGAAUGGACACUGGAAACAGAAACAGAAUGUCAGCUUCUGCAGGAUCUUAGUAUUCCAACUCAGUCACGGCUUGCAGGAUCUGUUCAGAAAGACAAGUGCCAAGCAGAACUUCUCUGUGUCCUUGAGACAGAAGGCAAGACUGCCCAUCUUGAAGUAAGAGCAGAGUGCAGACCAAAGAUCACACUGGAAAUUCAAUUCAGGCAUGAUCUCCCUCAACUGAAGGAUGUCCCAAGGGAAAAUAAGCUGUCCAUAACUUCACGAAAACAGUUAAACUAUCAGAUCGGCUUGGGAGUGAAAUCAGGUUCUUGUGAGCUUCAAAUGAAUGGGGACUUCCACCCUGAAAAGAAGCUUCAGUGGAAAAUGUCUAUAGAAAAUAAAUGCAAAACAAUUCAGGAUCUUGGAGCACCAGUAAAAAUUGAUGGUUCAGGCUAUGUUUUAAUGGAUAAAAUGAACCUAGAUUCACAGACAUUCAUCAUUGUUGAUGAAAGUAAAUUACAAGGACUCCUUAUACUAAACAUCACUGAUGAAAGACAAGAGCUGGAUGUCAUGCUAACCCAUAACAUUCAAGAAGCUGCUGACAUUGGAAUUCCUAUGAAGAUGUUAGUUGAUGUAAUAUCAGAAAAAAAUAGUGACUUCUAUAGAAGACUGACUUACUUCUGUGUGAACAACGAGCAAAUUAGAGAAGAACUGAGCCUUGUCCAGAAGUUGGGUGUUGUGUCUCUGAACUACAAACUUACUCAUAACAUAGAAGCACUGAAGGCUUUGCAGAUAGAAGACAGGAUUGAGUUGCAGGCUAUUUUGAACCUGAAAGUGAUCAAGAGCUUGAGUAUUAAAGUGCAUUAUGGUGCUCACUUGACAGUUCUUGAAGGGCAUAUCCAGGAGUCUGAAACAAGUACCAAUGUAACAGGGAAUUUCGAGCAUACUUGGCCAUGGUUGAUACAAGCCAGAAUCCCAACAUCUAUACAGGUAGAUGUGUUUUUUCAAGGAAUAAAUGCUACUCAAGAAAGAUAUAUGCAUAUUGCAGCUGGAGAAACAUCAAUCACAUACAUAAUAAACUCUUAUUAUGUUGGUCACCAAAUGGAUAUCUUUUGCCAGAGUGUUCAUAAUAAUGAGGUGCUACAGGCAUCUGGCUACCCUAGGGCAAUCAGUUUGAUUCUCGGUUUACAGAAAUCAGAAAACAAAACCAGGACUAUCUGUGAAGUCCAAUAUGAUGACAAAGAUAUAACCAUGAAUAUGGAUGUUGAUACCGGCUUUGAGCUCUAUGGUUUAUUUGAAUUCAUGGCAGAGGUGAAGCAUUCAAUAUCACUUCUCCAUCAUCUGGGACUCCCCUUCUUCCUUCAGAUGACAAUUAAAGAAGUCCUGACUGAAAAUGAAUUUGAAGGAGCUCUGAAGCUGACCUAUGAACAAAACAGAAACUUCACCUUUACCAUUAGUAGGAAAAAUGACCAGCAAGGUGAAGAGUUGAAUAUAAAAGCACUCCAGAAUCUUCCCUUCUUUCUACAGUACUUCCCCAGUGCAACAGAACUAUCUACUAAGGUAAAUUCUGACAUGACUGAAGCAAAAGGCAAACUCUACCUCAGUAUGGAAAAGAGGGAUUUCAAUGCUACAGCUAAGCUAACUUUCACUGGAACCAGCUACACUAAUGUCAUUGAAAUAAUACAGACAAUGUCCCAGUUAAAAAAUCUUCCAGUGCAGCUUGUGUUCAUGACGGUUUACCAAAAAGGCAAUAGAACACGUAUGCUGAGGCAAAUUGCUCUGUGGGAUGGCAAAGAGGUAAAGAUAACAGGCAUUUACACUGGACUCUUUCCAAAGUUGCAUGGAGGUCAUGACAUUCAGGUGGAGCUUUUCCAUCCUCUCUCCAUUACCUUCCCGUGGCAUGUGAGGGUGAAGUUGUAUAUGAAGCAUUCAACACGCAGUCACUGGGAUGACCUGACUGUCAUCUGGAAGGAGAAGGACCAGGUAUCAGUGUCAUCUUCUCUGAAGUUUGGAAGAGACCGUGUGAAUUACAGAGCCACUGUUGCCCAGCCAUUUAAUUACACUUUGAGGCAACUGGAGGUUCAUUCCCUGUCAGAAAGAAGAGCCAGAAAGUACAACCACCAGCUGCAGCUAACGUGGAAUGGUGGGCAGCCUACUGACAUCCAACUGACCCUGGAGGAUAAAUCAAGGACAAACAUCACUGCCUGGGAUGGGUGUGUGUCAGGCUCUUCAGGACAGCUUCAGAGAGUAUUAAGUAUAGAACACCUUCAUGCAUGUGGGUCUCUAGAGCAAACAUCAGCAUCAUUUAAGGAAUAUCUAGAUCUGAACUGGGAUGACAAAAAGUUCAAACACAAUUUAACUUAUGAGAGAAAUCGAUUCCUAUAUACUGAUAAAUUUCAGUUAGAAGCUGUUAUGGAAAACAUUUUCCUGACCUCAUGCACCAAACAGAAUAUUCUGGGUAAAAUAGAAACAAACUAUUCAUCUUGCCUGGACUAUUACAUGAGCUUUGAGUUCUGCGACAUUCCAAAUGUAAUUGUUUUCUCUGGAAAACACCAGCUCAACAAAGGAGACAUCAUUUUGCAAUCAGAGAGCAGAUUCCAUUUUUCUGAUCAUGGGAGAGAUGAGGGAUUGAUUGGAGUAUCCUUAAAAAAUCAGACCACAGCUGAUGUGAAAAACUAUUCUCUGGAAAUUGAAGUGAGUUUUUAUCUUAUUUUAUUGGUAGUGGAUUUGCGGGGGUUUUGUUUCCUAAAGACCUACUGCCAUCUAUCUUCCAAAGUGCUCAGGUGCAGCCAGUGGCUUGUAAAACAGCAGGAAAGUACAGGCAAUAUAAAGUAUACAAAUGUUUUUCCUUUAUGGCUGCAGUUAAAAGGCUCUGAAGACACUUGGCUAGGCCUGACAGGAACUGCUACUUCCUCAGCUGUUCAGAGCCGAAUCCUGGUGGAGGGGAUUAUUGAUCAAAAAGAGAAAGUAAAAGUAGCUGCUUCUAAAGGAAAGGAGUGUUUGCAGUACUACAUGGGGUAUUUGAAAGGACUCAUCCACCUUUUGGACUGUAUUAGAUUUAUUUAUGUGCAAACCAGGCAAAUUUGGUGGUAUGACAGUUGCCUCAGGCUCAUUUUGUUGACUAUCCCAGUCCUAGUUUCUGUUAUGGAUUUGCCUUCACACGCUUCUGUUCGCAUGCUUCUGCAAUGGAAUUGCUCUCAUGGUCAUGUCCUCACUUGGGAUCUGGAAGAAGGAAUGGAAGUCAGUGCUUGUACUGAUGGGCAACAGAUGGCUGCCAUUAAUAGCUAUCUCAACAUUAAUGGUGAAAGGCAAGAAAACAUGGGACAAAUUACUCUAACAGCUGUUAAUGAAAGCUUAAAUUUUCUGGCGCAUGGAUGUGGGGAUCUAAUUCUUAAGGCUGAGGACAAAAUUAAUGAAAUUGGGAGUAUUCUCAAAGCCAGACUGAUUGAGAAGAUAAAGAAGCUUGAUGGAUAUAUCUGGAGACUCAGGAGAUCAGUGCAGCAAAUUGAUUUUCUGUCUGAAGCAGCUGGUUGGCCUUCAAUAGCCUCACAAAAGAUAGCAGGAUUCCUCCACCGUGUUGGUAGAGCUUUCACCCAAGUGUGGAAGCAAAGUGGAAUCAAGCAGAUACUAAGAAGCAAGCUCCCACUUUACCUGAAUAAAAUUCAAGACGCUGUCCAGCAAAUGCAGAUGGAAUUGCAAAACCCAUUAGCAACUUUGAAAGAUGCCUACUAUGAUGUAACCUUGAAGCCACUGGAUGAAGUUUGGCAGGAGAAGACAGAAGAGUACAUGAAAAAAGUCCAGGCAUUUUUGCCCAGGAUUAUAAAAGAUGUUUGGCUAAUGGAGCCAAUCCAGAUGGCAUUAAGGACUGUUAAAACAGGCUUGGAUAUGACCACACAGCAGAUGCUCAGGUGGGCAGAGGCCAUGGUUUCUAGAGCUGUGAGCAAGAUUCGGAAGCCCUUACUCAACCUUUACAGUUUUUCAGCCAGGAACUGUUCAGUGGCAGUGAAACUGCCAGUACUUCCUAAAGCAUACUGCUCCCUGGAUCUGGCAAAUAUUACUAAUUAUCUCAUUGAAGAAAAGCUAAUGAGGCCUCUCAAAGAUCUCUACAACAUCAACAUGGUUGCAGAGUAUUACAGAUUCAAACGAAGGAUGAUGGAGAGUCCCUUUGAACAUCAUGCUAUGUUAAUAGGUAACAGGCACCUUAUGACUUUUGAUGGAAAAAUUUAUGAUUUGGCAACAAAAUGCAGUGUGCUUCUUGCCAAGGAUUUUCUUCACAAUACUUUCGCUAUAAUACUAAAUGAGGAAAUCGGUGAUUCACGAUCACUGUAUGUGGAGAUGAACCAGAGAGUGAUCAAUAUCUAUCCAAGACUGAAGAUGUCUAAGGUAUCUGUGGUAGAGAACUGCCAAGGACUGGAUCAAUCCCUUGAAAAGAAUAUCACUGAUACAAGGAAAGAAACCAACAAAAUAGAAAUAUCUGAUCACAAAGGAGUUUCUGUCUCUUGUGACUUUCAGUAUGAUCUCUGUACUGUCACUCUGGCUGGAUGGCACCAUGGUAUUUCAGCUGGACUUUUUGGUACCAAUGAUAAUGAAGCUGGAAAUGAAUGGAUACUUCCUAAUCAUUCCUUCACUGAUAAUGUGCAAGAAUUCACACAGAGCUGGCAGGUGAGCAAGUGCAGUCUCACACAGAAGAAUGUGAAGCCAUGUCCAAUUACAGAUAAGGAAAAAGUCUGUAAGGAGUUUUUUGAAGAAGCACAUUCUUGUCUCAGGAACUGCUUCAAAGUUGUGGACCCCAAACCAUUCUACAUCAUGUGUAUAUAUGACACAUGUGAAUCAAAGAAGUUGAAGGCUGCCUGCAGUUUAGCAGCAGCUUUUGUUCAUUUGUGCCACAGAAAUUUUGUUCCUGUGGAAAUUCCUCCUCAGUGCUUGAGCCUUUUUUGAACAGUAGAUACCAGCCCUGAAGAUGGAAGAACCCCUUCAGCAUCCAAAAUAAAGUAGCUAUUUGGAUAGCAAUGCUAGGGAAAACAAGGGGUGUUAAUGAGAUAGUGUUAUGAUGAUAAAUAUAAUAAAGCAUAAAUAAAAUAGAAAGCAUAAUAGGGCAUAUAGUAUAAAGGGAAAGUCUUUCACCCAGAAACACCUGAGGCCAGAGUAAUCACUUCAGUACAAUGACAAGAAACUAUAAUAAAUCAGAAGGUAUUGGAUAUGAGAAUAUCAGUUACUUAAAAAUAAAAAAAUCUUCCAGCAGGUAACAGAAUUAUUUCCUCAGAAGCCUUGACCCAUAGCAUGAAUACAUUUAAAAGAUGACAAAAGAUCUUUUCCAGUUCAGAUUAGUACAAAUAGGCUACUUUGUGAAAGCAGUGUACGAGCUUUGAACCUGUGCAGAGAUGCUGACAACUUUUUCUCCAGAACUGAAACUCAACUGUUCAAUACAUUCUGGAGAAAUUAACCUUUUUCCAGGGAAGUGCCCCACCACACAUGAGGUUUAAGCCAAAAAUAAGAUGGCUAAAAAGAUACAAAGGAAAGCACUUAAUCAUUUUCAUGCUGGCUGAUUUUUCCCUUAUCAAUGUACUCAUUGUUAAAAGUGAAGAAGCCUUCUUGGUAUCUGCUCACCAGUUUCACGUUCUCCCUUCGUGUCUUUAGGAGUCCCUUCUUGGAAGUUAGUUUACAUGUUGGGAAAAGCUCUGGUAUUCAUAAAGUAGUCUUAAAGUGUUAUAGAUACUGUUGUGUAAAAGUAUCUCAACUGUUGAAUUAUUUUCUAUAUUGCAAGUCUAUUGAUUAAAAAAUGCCUAACAGAGAGGCAUACAUUUCCCUACACAGUACCAGGAAUGUAAUUAUUUAGUGAAAGGUAACAUUACAAAAUCCUUCAGCUGUCUUUGCAUAAGAACAUACUAACAUCAAAAUAACAGUGUUCUUAACUAUGAAAUGUUGAUAAAUAGUUGACUUCCUCAUUUUUAUGCUUCCCCAAUUUUUAUUGAUUAUUCAUAAGAAUAACGUUGUACUGAUGAACAGUUAGAACUGGCUGAGUUUAAAUGGUUCCUGUAGUUGUUCACAGAGCUGGCCUCACUUACCUUGGCUUUGGAAUGCAGUAAAUUGUUUAGUAUCAUCAUCACAUAGUCUCAAAGCUGCAAUCUGGAAUUCACCUACAUGUGCACAUAGCAAUUGCAUAGCUGGC